AUUUGCCGCCAUUUCUCAAAAGGGUUUAUUCACAAGCCCACACCCACCCGCAUUUCAGUCACACAGCUACCUCAAUGACCUCCACCGAUCCUCACCACAUAGUCGACGACGACGAAGACGACGAUUUCGAUUGGGAAGCAGCUGCCAGAGCUGUCGACGUCGUCACCCAGACCACCGCAAAGCCCUCAUCUUCCCAUUUUGCCCCUCCUCCCCCAAUUCAGAAACCACCGUUUCCUCCAACCUUCAACAACAAGCCCAGUACUUCACGGCAGACCACUCUCGAUAGGUUCAUUGGGAAGCCCGCCCCAAAGCCUCAGCCUGAAAUUCGAGACUGCGGCGAUGAGAGAGUGUCCCGUGUUCAAAUUGAUGCCGAAAAAGCCAACACUUGGAUGUACCCAGUUAAUUUUCCUGGGCGUGACUAUCAAUUUGCUAUCACCAAGACAGCACUUUUUUCGAAUACGCUGGUGGCAUUGCCAACCGGACUCGGGAAGACGCUUAUCGCUGCAGUUGUUAUGUAUAACUACUUCAGAUGGUUCCCUGAUGGACGGCCAACCCUUUAUUAAAAGUUUGUUAUCAGUUACUGUAGAAAGCAAUGCAAGAAUCUCCGGCUGUUUUUCAUCUGAAUGUACGAGUUAAGGUAGCUAGCAUUUUACAUACCAUGAUCUGAUUGAAGUAGACUAGUAGAUAUGACAACUGUACGUAAUCAAGCAUACUAACCUUCAUAGAACAGUCAAACUGUAAAGGAGACAGAUUGCAAUCACUUGAUACGACCUCAAUAACUCUCUCUUUUCCCUGUCUUGUUUGA